AUGGCAAAUAGAGAAAAGGCAGCAGUAACUAAAACAAAAGUUCAUGUGUCACAUUUCGUUCCUGGACAAUUUGAUGACGCCCCUGAAGAUAAAGAUCCUGCUACUAUUGACAAAGAUGAAUUGAACGAUAAUGAAGAGUGGGCUGUCGCUCACGGAGAUUUCACAAAGCAAUAUAAUCGUCUAAAGCAACAAUUGCAACCAAAUUCCACUGGAUUAUCAUUUACAACGGCAAUACUAACACCAUCACCCUCAUCAUCGACAAAUCAAAAGAAGUUAUUACUCACGUCUCCCAAGAAAUCUGCAUGUGACCCCUCGAAUUCUAUGCAAACAAAUCGAAAAUCAAUGCAAGCUAAUUUACGUGAUCAAAUAAAUUCACUGAGUAAAUAUGCGGGAAGAAUUCAUUUAGAUGAUCUGACUGGUAGUCAGUUAUCUACUUCUGUUACCAAUGAUAUAAGAAUGAGUAAUAUGAAAGCACAGGGGAAUAAACAAAAAAACACCGAUAAAUCUGAUCGAGCGACUGUCGAACAAGUAUUGGACCCGCGCACUCGGAUAAUCCUUUUUAAAUUGAUUAAUCGUAAUUUCAUAUAUGAGAUUAAUGGGUGUAUUAGUACCGGUAAAGAAGCAAAUGUCUAUCAUGCGCAAACAGAAGAAGGAGCACAUCGUGCGAUAAAAGUCUAUAAAACGUCUAUUCUCACAUUUAAAGAUCGUGAUCGAUACGUCACUGGCGAAUAUCGUUUUCGACAUGGAUACAGUAAACACAAUCCGCGAAAAAUGGUCAAACUGUGGGCGGAAAAAGAAAUGCGAAAUUUGAAGAGGUUGUGGCAAGCACGGGUGCCGUGUCCGGAACCACUUUUGCUGAAGAUGCAUGUUUUGGUUAUGGGAUUUUUGGGGGAUAAAAAUGGGUGGGCAUAUCCUAGACUCAAAGAUGCUAAUAUCAGUUCGGAUAAAUACCCGGAACUUUAUUAUCAGCUUGUCAAAAUAAUGCGAAUAAUGUAUCAGACGUGUCAUUUGGUUCAUGCAGAUUUAAGUGAAUAUAAUAUUUUAUAUCAUUCACGAAGACUCUACAUUAUUGAUGUCUCGCAAUCAAUUGAACACGAUCAUCCACACUCUCUUGAAUUCUUACGCAAAGAUUGCGUGAACGUGACCGACUAUUUCAAGAAGAAGGGAGUUCGAACAAUGAGUGUUCGCGAAUUAUUUGAUUUUAUUACGGAUGGGGAUAUUGGUAUGGAACAGGAUGUGCUGAAAGCGGAGUUGGAUGAAAUUAAAGAACGGUUAUCGAAUGCGAAUUAUUCGCAAGAUGAAGAUCAAGGUUAUUCGGUGGAUGAAGCAGUUUUUAAACAAAUUUAUAUUCCUCGCACGUUAGAUGAGGUUAUUGACGCGGAACGAGAUAUUCAGAAACUCAUGGAGGGCGAGGGUGAUGAACUAAUAUAUCGAAAGCUGACAGGAAUUUCUCUGGAUAAUGCAAGUAAAAGCAACAAAGAAAUAACGAAAAAUCAAGAGGAUGAACGAGAUGAAGAACAACAGCAAGAUGGAUCUUCUGAAAGUGAAGACGAGGAUGAUUCUAAAGAUGAAAAAGAGGAUAAAAUAAGCAUUGACGAUGUUUUUGCGAAAACAUCUCGGGGGAAGCGGAAUGAGGAUAAGGAGGCUAAAAAAGAGCGAAAAAAAAUCGCAAAAGACGAAACACGUGAAAAGCGUAAAAAUAAAAUACCUAAAGCUGUUAAAAAACGUAAAGUAAAAACUACGUCAGGAAAAAAGAAAGCUAAAUAG